GGUAUGUAGAAAAAUGUCAAAUGGUGGCAAAAAUGAAAAACUCUCUGGUUUCAACUGAUUUUAGAGCCUGGGAUUCAAGAGGUUAAAUAUUCAUAUUUUUUUUAGUCUAUUGCCAGCAUAGAAAUUCCUGGAAAGUAUAUUAAUUAACAAGCAUAAAUAGUCAACAAUUUCCCCUUUCUAAAUAGAUAACAGGGUGGUAUCAUGUUCAAUGGAUUUAUCUAGGCUAAUGUAAAUUAGUUCUUUUCCUAUUCAUAGAUGUCAGGCCAAUGCAAAUUUUCUAUUGAAUAAGAAGCCCUUUUAUAAAAAGUGCAUUGAAUCUAAAAUACUUCUUUAGCUUGUAUUUGUAUGAUUCUGUAAUGAAUAACGCUUAUCACGAUAUAAUAGAAGUAAUUUCCAAGAAAAUAUAGCCUUUUGCUCUCCUAAACUUGUUAUCUGAUGAACAAAACUGGACUAUAUUCUUCAAAACUUUAUGAACGAGAUCGCGGAAUGAUAUGCACCAAAAGUAGGUCAAACUAAAUUGAGUGCAGCGGCCAUAACAUAGAGUUCAACGUGAAGAAAUAUUAUGGCGAAUUAUAUGCAAAUUCUAACGGAUAACCUUAUAUUUCCAACAUAAAUAUAUAAUGGAUAUACGGAUUAUCUUACUGUCAUCACGUUUGGUGUAAGAUGUCUGAAUUGAGAAAUAUAUUCAAGAUGGCCGACAUCAGACUCUGUGCGUGGCUUAUCGCCAUAGCAACACUAAGUAUCAUCAAAGUUGACGGAAUCGCCUUGACUCCCAUGAAUGAGGAAACAUUUAAGUUCACAGAGGCCAUAUACAAUGCAACGAUUCCAGAAAAUUCUAUAGGAAAAACGUAUGUUGUACCAUCACAAAAGAUGGGAAUGUAUAUUACUGACCCUACCUUAGGCAUACGCUAUCGGAUAACACACGGAGAUAGCAGCGAGUUUUUCAAAACCGAAGUCGAAGUGGUCGGUGAUUUCAGUUUCCUAAAAAUCAGAACUAAGACCUCUAAUCAUGAAGUUCUGAACAGGGAAAGACAAGAGUUAUAUAGACUUAGGAUAAAAGCUAUUGCAAAAUACAAAAACAGUCCAACCUUGGAGGCACAAACGGAAGUUAUUAUCCACAUUACUGACACAAAUGAUAUGUCCCCAUUGUUUUAUCCUAUAUCAUACAGUGCCAGAGUCCACGAGGACCAUCCCCUCCAUAGGAGCAUCAUACAGGUCAGUGCUUCUGAUGCUGAUGUUGGUGUCAAUGGGGAGGUGUAUUAUAGCUUUCUACAGAAAACAGAUACCUUUGCAAUUCACCCCAUGUCGGGCAUUGUCUCUCUGACAAGACAGUUGGUAUACACAAAAAAUGAUUUCUAUGAACUUGAUGUCCUGGCAGAGGACCGAGGAGCCAAGUUGGGAUCAUCAAGCAGUCAAAGCACAGCAAAGGUACGCAUCUCUGUUGUACAGGUGAACUUCCAUGCACCUGAUAUUCAAGUUUCUAGUUUCCCAAGUGUCAUUGAACACAGCGCACCAGGAAAACUCUACGCUGUCCUGCUAGUCACUGAUAAAGACAAUGGGGUGAAUGGGGAGAUAGGACAGGUCAGUAUCAUUGAUGGUAAUAAUGGGGGAGAUUUCACUAUCGUUGAGGCCCCUGAGGCAAACAGUUAUCACAUUAAGGUGUCCCAAUCAAUAGAUCGAGAGCUUACCCCAAUGGGUUAUAAUCUCACAGUUCAAGCCACAGAUAAAGGUAAACCACCAAAAUCAACUACUAAAAUGAUACAUGUAAGUGUCCAGGACAAAAAUGAUCAUCCUCCAAAAUUACAGAAAAUGUAUGAGUUAGACAUUGAUGAAAUAGUCCCUGUUCAAACCCCAUUGAUUUUCCUGAAUGCAAGUGAUACGGAUCUUGGGAAGAAUGCUGAGGUGAGAUACAAAAUUGUUGGUGGUAAUGAUAAUGGAUGGUUCAAUAUUGGUCACAAAACUGGAUUAAUAACAGUUGCAAAUCCAUUAGAUGCUGAAACCUCGAAUGUGGUGGAACUAGUUGUUGAAGUUGCUGAUCAGGGUAUUACAAGGUCACGAAAAGUCACCAGAACUACUUUGCGUAUUAAUAUCCAAGAUUACAAUGAUAACUCACCCGUGUUCAAUAUGACUGGCAGUAAGGUUUAUGUCAUGGAAAAUCAACCAAUUGGAACUGUUGUUACUACUGUAAAUGCAUAUGACGUUGACAGUGGUGAAAAUGGCUACAUAAGCUACAGCAUUGCGAAUAUGAAUCCAGUCCCAUUUGAAAUUGAUCAUUUUUCCGGUGACAUCAAAACCACGGAAGUUCUCGAUUUUGAAUCUAUGCGACGAGAGUACAAAUUGAAGAUAAGAGCCUCAGAUUGGGGAAGUCCAUUUCGACGAGAAUCUGAAACCAUUUUGAAAAUUCAACUUAAGGAUGUUAACGAUAAUCGGCCUCGCUUUCAGCAGCAUGGUUGCCGAGGGUACCUCUCACGUGAAGCUCUCUUGGGCACAGAGUUAAUUACAAUAUCUGCGAUUGACUUUGACAUUGGUAACCUUAUAAGUUAUAGAAUCUUGUCUGGGAAUGAUGACAACUGCUUUACAUUAGAUGAAUCAACUGGAGUCGUCAAAAUGAAAUGUAAUUUAAUGUCCGGGAAAGGGGUUGAUACUACUGCCUCAACCAGGAGUAUUAAGCUAACAGCAAGUGAUGGUGUUAACGAUGCAGAGCCACUGUUCAUCAACAUCACCCUAGUGAACAACAAUAGGAAUAAAAUGCUGUCAAACAAUGAUGCCAGUAUUACGUGUAAGGCUACAAAUGUCUUAGAACAGAUGCAGGAACUUCUUCAGAAAGCUGCGGCAAAUAACGCAGACUCCAACCAAGAUGUAGUUUCCCAUAUUCCUAAUGAAUACCUUGAGAAUUUAAACCCUCCUGAGUUUGAGAUCUCGAAUCCUGUUGAGGUACAAAUCAGUGAGAGCUUACUACCUGGUACGGUUGUUGCCACAAUCUCUGCCACUGAUCCUGACCCAGGGUACAAUGGCAAACUGGUGUACGUCAUAACCGAUGGAAACAAAGGUGCAGGGUUUAGAAUGGACACGUAUACUGGUGAAUUGGUCAUCUUGUCUGGGCUCGAUCGUGAGACAAAGGAUAGUUAUAAACUAGAGAUUAAAGUGUAUGAUCUUGGAGUCCCCAGUAAAUCUGCCACCACUUCACUUACAAUCAACAUUGAUGACGCAAACGAUAACGCCCCUGUAUUUGAGAACCAGGAGUACCAGAAGACUCUCUCAGAGAAUGUUGCUAUAGGAAUGUCAAUUGUUAAAGUAUUCGCUACGGAUGCAGACCAAGGAAAAAAUGCAGGUAUCAUCUAUGACAUCAUCACAGAUACUGAUGAUUUCUCUAUCGGCUCCAAAACUGGGGUCAUAAAGGUCAGUCAGAAGCUAGACCGUGAAUUACAAGAAGAAUACAAGCUGGAGGUUAUAGCUAAAGAUCUAGGAGAUCAACCACUGACAUCAACAGUCGUGGUGUCCAUUAAACUAGAGGACAUCAAUGACAAUGCUCCCGAGUUCAAGCCAUCCUCCUAUCAUGUACGCAUAAGAGAAGAUCUGCCAGUAGGGAGCAUAGUAUUAACUGUCAGCGCCCAUGAUAGUGACCUGGAGGCAGGUGGUCUGGUGCGAUACAGUCUACAAGAUGGCAUGGAUAACAAAUUCACUGUAGAUAAGUUCACAGGGACAGUGAGAAUCGCGAAUAGAUUGGAUUAUGAAUCGAAGCAAGUGUACAACAUAACAGCCAGAGCUAGAGACAGGGGAAACCCUCCUCUGUCUUCCAAAUGCCACGUCAUCAUCGAAAUCAUCGAUGUCAAUGAGAAUCUCUAUGUACCAAGAUUUAAUAACUUCGUAAUCAGUGGUACUAUUCGGGAAGAUGCAAGUGUAGGGACUAGUAUAAUGAGAGUUUCUGCAACGGAUUAUGAUGAUCGAAACUCUAAUGCGUCAGCGGAUGAUUACAAGAUCACAUACUCGAUACAAGAUGGUACAGGGCUUGGAAGAUUCAGCAUUGACCCAGACGAAGGUAUAAUCCGCACUAGUGAUAUCCUAGAUCGUGAAAGUGCAGCCCGCUAUUGGUUGACAGUUUAUGCCACGGACAGGGGCACAGUCCCCUUGUAUUCCUCCAUUGAAGUGCUGAUCGAGGUCCAAGAUAUCAACGAUAAUGUCCCACAGACCUUUAAGCCCAUCUACUUCUCCAGUAUUCCUGAGAACAGUGUCCCAGAUUUGUCAGUGGUACGGGUGACUGCCUUGGAUAUAGAUCAUGGAUCAAGUAAUAAGCUGACGUAUGAAAUCACAAGUGGCAACCCUCAGACUUUCUUCAAGAUCAACGAGUUCAAUGGUUUGAUAACCACUACCAAGAGAAAGCUAGACAGAGAGAACCAAAAAGAACACAUUCUAGAGAUCACCGUAUCAGACAAUGGCACGCCAUCUAUGUCCUCCUCUGCCCGCGUGGUCAUCACCAUUAACGACACCAAUGACAACAGUCCUAUUUUCCUCGACAAAACCCUGCGUAUCAACGUACUGGCGAUGCCAAAGCCAGAAGAGGAGGUUGAGCUCUACCGCGUUGUGGCCAAAGACAAAGAUGUUGGCCCUAAUGCCGAUAUUGAUUAUAGCAUCAAGAAGAGUAAAGGGAACAACAGAUUUAAGAUUCACCCAAAGACAGGGGUCAUCACAACUUCAAGGGAGCUGGAGGCCAACAAUGAGUAUGAGAUAGCGAUCAAAGCCACUGACAAUGGUCGCCCACAGAAACGAUCUAGCUCUAGAGUGAUAAUGACGGUUGUCGCACGUCCUGAAGAAUCUCCCAUGCUGCCUCAGUUUGUUAACCCCAACCAGCGCAACAAGAUGAUGGAGAAUGAUGACAUCGGAGCGAUGGUAUGCAUUAUGAGUGCAAAGGAUGAGGACAGUGAUAAACUCUGGUAUAGCAUUACAGGGGGCAAUGAUGAGUUUGCAUUCACUAUUGACAUUGAGACUGGAAACAUCAGACUUGCCAGGGCACUAGACUGGGAGCGAACCCCUGAGUACAACCUGACAAUUAGUGUUACUGACGGUGUGAAUACUGUCUAUACUUGGCUGUAUGUUGAGGUACUUGAUAUCAAUGAUAACAGACCAACAUUCAAGCAACAAGUCUACAGUGUAGAGAUUUCUGAGAAUACCACCCCAGGAACCAGUGUCAUACAAGUGACGGCAGAUGAUGCUGAUAAAGAUAAACGUCUCUUCUAUACAUUCCAUUCAGCCAUGCAUGGUGAUAGUAUGCGCAAGUUUAAGAUUGAUCAGCAUACUGGUGUUAUCACAACAACUGCCAAGCUUGACCGUGAGGCAAUCGCAAGACAUGACAUCACAAUCAUGGUUCGCGACCAGGGAACUCUCGCUAAACGUAGCCUCUCUCGGGUCCAAAUCACCAUAACUGAUCACAACGAUCACGCACCAAAAUUCAUGUCGGAGAUCUUUGAAGGACGUGUUUUUGAGACAGCCGCCAUUGGAAGUAGAGUUGUUCAACUUCUUGCCAUUGAUAAGGACAAGGGAAAAAAUGCAGAAAUCAAAUAUUCCCUUCUCUCAGGUAAUGUAGCAGGGGCAUUCGAUAUUGAUGAGAAAUUGGGUGUUGUCAUGGUAGCACGUCAGCUUGACCGUGAUAGCCAAUCAGAAUACAACCUAGUUGCCAUGGCAACAGAUGGUGGUUCACCUCCAUUGAGCAGCACUGUGUCAAUCAAGGUGUACGUAACAAUCUCCAACAAUGCACCUCCCAAAUUCGAAAAGGAUGAAUACACGACGGAGCUUGCGGAGAAUCAGGAUAUUGGGACGUACGUCACAGUGGUUCAGGCAGUUAGCAGGUCAUCUGUCAUGUAUACUAUUGUGAAUGGCAAUGCCCUUGGCUAUUACAUGAUCAACCCUAGUGCUGGUGUCAUCACAACUAAGAAGGAAUUGGAUUAUGAGCAACAUCGCUUUUACAACCUCACCAUCCAGGCCACUAAUAUGGUUGGACUAAAGGUCAACACCACUGUGCUUAUACACAUCAUAGACGAGAAUGACAAUGCCCCGAUAUUCUAUCAGCAGGAGUACGUAGGCAUCAUCAGCGAAUCCAGCCAAUCAGGAAGCGUUGUCUUGGAUGAUACUAAAGCCCCAUUGGUCAUAAAGGCCAAUGAUCGUGAUGAUAAUCAGAAUAAGCUGCUGGAUUACUCCAUCCAGGAACCAGCUGCACGACACGUGUUCUCAAUUGAUUCAACAACUGGCGCCAUCCGCACGCUGACUAAGCUUGAUCACGAAACAGUACCUGAGUAUUCAUUCACAGUCCAGGUCGUAGAUUUAGGGAAGCCAAGUUUGACAUCAGAAGUGCCAGCUAAAGUUACCAUCCAUAUUGAUGACGUGAAUGACUCUCCACCAAAGUUCAAGCAAGAUAUCUACGAGGCUACGGUGUACCUUCCAACUUUUACUGACAUAUCUGUCCUCCACAUUGAGGCCAGCGACCCUGACACUGAUAUCAACUCUCAGCUAAUCUACAGCAUCAAAUCUGGCAACAUCAACAACACAUUUAAAAUCGAUCCAGAAUCUGGUUAUAUCACUGUUCGCCAUGUUGUGAAUAUCGCAGAGAGUUACCGCCUGACUGUACAAGUCACUGACGGUGUUUAUGACGCGUCAUGUGAUGCUCGUAUAACUGUCAGACACACCGAUGAUUCAGGAUUAGGAUUCAAGGAGGACGUAUAUGAAGUUGAGAUUAUGGAAAAUAAGACGGAUGUUAUGACGGUGGUUAUGGUUCAACCAGUGGGACACACCCUCAAUGAGCAUCUCAAAUUUAGAAUCCUCAAUCCUGAUCCAAUGUUCCAGAUUGGAGAGACAUCUGGUGUUGUACGGACAACUGGCGAGGCAUUUGAUAGGGAACUGAAGGACCGCUACACAAUUAUUGUAGAGGUGAGAGAUGAGAGGGAUCCUCCACGUAUCGCACAUGUUGAGAUCAGAGUCACUGUAGCUGAUAUGAAUGACAACAUUCCUAUAUUUGUCAACCAGCCCUAUUAUGCUGUUGUCUCCAUAGAUGCACAGAUGGGAGAUGUGGUCAAGCGAGUAUCUGCAAUAGACCGAGACAUUGGCCCAAACAGUGAACUAGUCUAUUCUAUAACUGAUGGAGCCCAGGGCAAGUUCAACAUUGACCCAGUGUCUGGGGAGAUAGCUGUGAUGACAUCAUUGGAGUCUGAUGAUCAGAACAAGGAAUAUGCCCUCCAAGUCCAGGCACAAGAUAAAGGUACCCCUCCCCUCCAUGUAAGAGUUAUCGUACCUGUGAAGAUCAUGAACAAAGCUACUCCUGUGUUUGAGGCUCCCUUCUACAGUGUAGACAUCCCUGAAAACAUAAAGCUCCACUCUGCCAUCAUCAACAUUGAGGCUACAAGUCCUAACGGCCGCAAGCUCAUCUACUCUAUCACAGACGGGGACAUUUAUGACGAGUUUGCUGUAGAUUUUAGCAUGGACAUGAACGUGCUCGAUGGAUGUGUGCUGACUGUAAUUGAAGAGUUGGAUUACGAGAGUAGACACAGCUAUGAACUCAUCAUGAGAGCUACAGACACAUUAACUGGCUCUUACUCUGAAGUUACUGUCCACAUCAACUUACUGGACAUCAAUGACAAGACCCCUUCAUUCUCAAGUGUAUCAUACACAGCUACAGUGUCCGAGGCCACUACAAUAGGGACAUCUAUACUCACUCUCUCUGCAUCAGAUGAUGACUCAGGAUUGAAUAAAAAAGUCUACUAUGACUUCAUGCCCAUAGAGGAAGAUAGAUAUGAUUUGGAUUUCUUCUCUGUUGAUCGUAAUACUGGAGUUAUCUCAACCUCCCAGCUGCUUGACCAUGAAAAGCACCAAAAGCUUCAGUUUAUCGCAGUUGUAACUGACAUGGGUUCCCCGGCUCUCAGCUCAACUGCCCCCAUCACCGUCAUUGUCACUGAUCUCAACGAUAACUCCCCCAAAUUUGACCAACCAUCAUACGAGGUGACGAUCACAGAUCAGGUGAAACGUGGCCAGUUUAUUACAGUGGUGUCCGCAUCUGAUGAAGAUAGUUCCAACCAGGGAGAGCUUACAUACUCCAUCGUGGCGGGGAAUAUGAAACAGACAUUUGCGAUUGAAUCAGAAACUGGGUUGAUAAGGCUAUCUACCCUUCGUACUCCCGAUCUCAUGGAAUCCCUAUAUACACUGAAUGUUUCUGUCACUGACAGCGUAUUCACGAACUUUGCACGUGUCACAAUCAAUGUUAAGCCAUCAAAUAAACACGUCCCACAAUUCCGACAGUCUGUUUACAAGGUGGCGCCAAAGGAGGAUAUCCCAAUUGGCAAACUGAUUACCAAGGUUACGGCUGAUGAUGGUGACAAUGGGAAAUAUGGAGAGGUGACUUAUGCUAUUAAAAGUGACGAUGCUGAGGACAUGUUUAGAAUUGAUGCCCUAACAGGUGAGAUCUUUAGUUUGGAAGCACUGGACCAUGAGACACGUGGGAUGUACAGCAUCCCGAUAGCUGCUACGGACUUUGGAGGGCAGGUUGGCUUUACCAUUGUGCAGGUAGAGAUCCAGGAUGUUGAUGAUAACAGACCAGUGUUCCUUGCUAAAGAAUACAAGACUAAUGUUUAUUCAGAUGUAGAUCUAGGAUAUAGUGUUCUACAGGUUGAGGGUCGUGACAAGGAUGUGGGAGACAAUGGACAUCUUAUCUACUCCUUCCUGACUGUGGAGGAAUCUCCUUACUUCAGUAUAGACAAUAGGAGUGGUAUCAUCUCAGUAGCAAGGUCUCUCAACCAAUCAGUUGGUGAGCAGUUCCAGCUGUUCGUACGUGUGGCAGAUAAAUCUGACCCUGAACUUGACAACCGUGUCCCCGUGGAGAUCUUGGUUCUAGGGGAGGAGGACUACCCUCCAGUUUUCAAACACCAGGAGUACUCCUACUUUAUACAGGAGAAUGAUGAAAUAGGUUCUGUGAUUGCAACUAUCGAGGCUGAGAGCAAUGAUACAUUGACUUAUAGCAUCAUACCAGGUAGCACCAAAGAUACCAACUACCCACAGCGAUUUAGUAUUGAUGACAAAGGAGAGAUCAAGAUCCUCGCUGGGUUAGAUUAUGAGGAAUGUAGCCUGUAUAAGUUAAGGAUUCAAGCCCAGAGUGGAACAAACCCUGCCGUUGUGGCACAUGCUGUUGCCAGGGUUCACCUUAUGGAUGUCAAUGAUAGCCCCCCAAUGUUUGAGUCAGUUACAUAUGAUGUCAACAUGGCGGAGAAUACCAAGGUCGGGUCAAAGGUCAUCCAGGUCAUCGCACAUGAUAAAGACUCCGGAUCUAAUGCUGAAAUUAGCUACAGCUUUAGCCCUGAUAUCGGCAAUCUUGCAAACAUCUUCAGCAUCGACAGUGAAACUGGUUGGAUUAGUACCCUCGUUGAAUUAGAUCGUGAAAAGGUCCAGUCUUAUGAGCUCACAAUUGUUGCUAUAGAUCACGGGGCAGAACGCCUCUCCGGAACUACUUUAGUGUACAUUGAUAUCACCGAUGUCAACGAUGAGCCACCCAUAUUCAGUAAAGAUCUCUAUCAAGGCACCAUCAAUGAGGACGCUCUCCCAGGAACAAUCAUUCUAGAGGUUUCCACAACUGACCUUGACCUUGAACCAAAUGCCAAGGUGAAUUACUACAUAUCUGGGGGUGACCCACUAGGGCAGUUUGCUGUAGGAAAGAGUGGUGAGAUAUACGUCAACAAAGCCCUUGAUCGGGAAGCUACCUCCAAAUAUGAACUAACAACAACAGCAACAGAUGGCGCUUUUGUAUCUGACGUCAUGGUUGUUGUGGAAGUACUUGACGCAAAUGAUAAUGCCCCAGUAUGCACUCUGGCUCAAGUCUAUCAAAACCAGCCUAUGGAGCAGAUAAUCAUACCAGAAAAUCUACCACUGAAUUCGUUCAUUGCUCGGAUUACUGCUUCUGAUGCUGACGAAUCAGACACCAUCAAUACCCGCAUCUAUUAUGACAUCACUGGGGAAGGUUCAGAAAAACUCAACAUGCAUAAAGAAAGUGGAAUCAUCACGAUCGCUGAUACGUUAGAUCGUGAAACAAUCCCAGAAUUCCAUCUGCUUGUGACGGCUAUUGACGGAGGUGGCCUAUCAUGUGAAACUGAAUUAUUCAUUACAUUGAGCGACGUAAACGAUAAUCCCCCGAUAUUCUCUAUGCCUGAGUAUUCUGUUGACAUCUUUGAAAAUGCAGAAGUUAACACAUUAUUGACGAGAGUAAGCGCAACAGACCAAGAUCUCGGUAUUAACAGGAAGGUCAGAUUCUCGUUAGAAAAACAGGAUUACUUUGAGAUAGACUCACAGAGUGGCAUCAUCCGAUUGGUCAAGCCUCUUGAUCGCGAGACCCAGGCAGAGUACAACCUCACCCUCAAGGCAUUUGAUCAGGGUACUCCCCAGAUGUAUUCCACUGCCCAAUUGGUGGUCAUCCUACUGGACAUCAACGACAACCCACCACAAUUUGAGCGUAACGUCUACGAAGUUGAGGUGUCUGAGAAUAAGAGAAUUGGCACAAGUUUCUCCCGUGUGUAUGCAACAAGCAAGGAUACUGGUGUGAAUGCAGAGAUCACAUAUUUGGUCGUGGCGGGGAAUGAACUCGGCAACUUCAGAGUAGAUUCUAAAACAGGCGAUCUAUCUGUUGUCCAACCCUUGGACUAUGAGGAUUUUAGGCAGUACCAUCUGAGUGUCAAGGCUGUUGAUGGGGGAACACCUCCUUUGAGCAACACCGCAAAUGUGAAAAUUAACGUCACUGACUAUAAUGACGAGAAGCCCAUAUUUGGACAGGAUGUUUACAGUGUCACCUUGAGAGAGGAUGUUGAACUAGAAUCCCAAGUCCUACAGGUCCAGGCUGCAGAUGCCGACAGUGCCCCCAAUGCCAAGAUCACUUAUGAAAUAGUGGCUGGUGACGCUGGCAAUCAGUUUACCAUAGACCCUGAGGAUGGCAAGCUCACUAUAGCUUCACCCCUGGAUAGGGAAACGAUUGACUCCUACAGACUUGAGGUGAUGGCCUCAGAUAGCGGAACUCCCACCCAAUCAAGUUCAUGCAUCAUAGAGGUCAAGGUCACAGAUGCCAAUGAUUGUCCCCCAGAAUUCACAUCCGCAAACUAUUCUGCAGUAGUCCAGGAGGACAAGAGCAUCGACUUCAGUAUCAUCAAGAUAGAAGUGACUGAUUGCGAUCUCGACCCUAAUGCUGGACCCUUCAGCUAUGACAUUAUUGGUGGAAAUAAGCACAACAAGUUCAAGGUCAACAAUAAUGGUGUUUUGAGCACCGCGGGAAAAUUCAACCGUAAAAUCCAGGAUAUGUACGUGCUCACUGUUAGAGUGUUUGACAAUGGUGCAAAACCUAUGUAUGCUAAUACGUAUGUAGAGAUAAGCAUUAUUGAGGAAAGCGCUUUCCCUCCUGUUGUGACGCCACUUGCGAUGUCUAUUAGUUCCUAUAUGGAUGAGUUCCCUGGUGGCACCAUCGGACGUGUAAAAGCAACUGAUCCCGACAUGUACGAUAUUCUAACCUACGACAUUGUGUCUCAGAACAAACACCUUUUUGACAUUGAGUUUACGACUGGUAUAAUAACUGCCUAUCCUGACCUUGAUGCUGGUGAGUACACACUCAAUGUGAGUGUCUCUGAUCGUAAGUUCACAGUAUACUCAACUGUUAAACUCACUGUGGAUAUGGUCUCUGAGGAAAUGGUCUCCAAUGCAGUCAUCCUGAGAUUUGAAAACCUUCUUCCCGAGGAAUUUGUGACAUCUUAUAGAUCGACCAUUUUACGUGCGAUCAGAUCGCAGCUGAAGAACAAGAUCAAGGACAUCUAUAUCUUGAGCAUACAACCAGCCCCAGCAGGUAGCGCACGUAGAAAACGCAGUGAAUCUGAUCUUGAUAUCCUAUUGGCUGCCAAAAGAUCAAAUGGCCUGUAUUUCAAGAGGAAUGCACUUCGUCGAAAACUAAUACAAUCUAAGCCUGAACUUGAGCGUGCGAUGCAUUUGAAGAUCAAGAAAAUUGUGAAUGAUGUAUGUCCUAAGGAUUUCUGUGACAAUGGCGACUGUAAGAGUGUUGUUGAGUUCCAUAAUGACCAAGACCCUUACGUCAUCUAUUCUGACACAGAAAGUUACGUCUCGAUUAGACAUAGUCUCAAACCAAACUGCGAAUGUAAUGAUGGUUACGGAGGCGAGCGAUGCUCUGACAAAGUUGAUGAGUGUUCCCGCAAUCCAUGUCCCAACUACAAGAUCUGUCAACCAAUCAGAGGCCGAGGAUUUGAGUGCAUAUGUCCCGAGGGAAAGAAAGGACCAAUGUGUGAUCGUGACAAGGGUGACAUAGAGAAUUGUGUUACUAUAGAGUGUCGACGUGGAGCGAAGAAACCAUUGACUUUCAAAGGUCAAAGUUAUGCUAGAUGGCGCUUAAUUGAACCUAUAGAUCGCCGACUUAGCCUCUCAUUGGAUAUGCGCACCGUAGAUCACCAGGCAACAGUUAUGCACGCAAGUGGCAGAUUUGACUACAGUAUCUUAGAGGUCACUGAUGGCUAUAUCCAGUAUAGGUUUGAAUGUGGCAGUGGUGAGGGACUUGUACGCGUCUCUGAGAUGUACAUCAACGAUGGCCAAUGGCACUCAAUCUCCGUAGAGCGACAUGGAAACAACGCAGAAAUUCUCGUUGAUGGAAAAUUCCAGGCAGAAGGCUCCGCACCUGGCAAUAACGACGUCUUGAACUUGCACAGCCAUGAUGUAUACUUCGGUGCCGAGGUUGAGAAUCUUGCUCACGGGUACACAGAUGUUCGUAAGGGCUACCACGGGUGUCUCCGAGAAAUUAAGAUUAAUAAUGUGAAGUUGCCAUAUGUAGGAAGUAGCGAAGUGGGAGCAUUGCAGAAGUUUGAAGAGGUGGAGUUUCACUGUAAAGAUAACUAUGAUCCAGGUAGUGUUGAAGGUGUAUGCGGAAAGCGACCAUGUUUGAAUGGAGGAAGUUGCCAGGUCUUGAGUGGAACGUCAUACCAAUGUCACUGUAGGGGGCGUUUCCAUGGUGCUCGCUGCGAGAUUGAUACAAACCCAUGUGCCUCAAGCCCGUGCAUGAACAAUGGAGUUUGCAUGAACAAAGUGAAUGACUUUGAAUGUAAAUGCAAAGGCAGGUUUGAAGGCAAGAGAUGUGACUAUGGCUUUUAUUGCAAACCCAACCCAUGUAAGAAUGGUGGCAUGUGUGAAGAAGGUCCAACCAAACACAUCUGCAACUGCAAGGGAUUCCAAGGUGACUUCUGUGAACAUGACAUCAAUGAGUGUCUGGAGUCUCCAUGUCAGAAUGACGCCACAUGUCACAACACACAUGGCUCAUUCAAGUGCAACUGCACUAAGAGCACUAAGGGAGAUCUCUGCGAGACAUACAUAGACUUUGCCUCUAUCACCUCAACUCAGUUCGGAAUUAACCCUGAAGAAAUCUAUGGGAUUGUGGGUGUCGGAGUAGGACUCCUCCUGAUUGUUAUCAUCAUUGUACUGGUGGUUAGAUGGCGCCGGCGUAAGCAUCGCAAUAAUGGGGACGUAGCCCACAAUUCACCUGGAGGGGUGAUACUAAAUAGCACAAAGGAUGAGGCUAAGAGACAACAGAAACAGAAUAACAUAGAUAUGGGAAUGUACCAACAGGUUCCACCCAGUCCCCGCCCACCCCCUGUCCCCAACCGCCCUGUCUCCUACACCCCAAGCAUUCACGGUGACUCCAUGAACACAUUGAACAACUUCGAUCUGGCGAGAAAUUAUGGAUCAGCAGCCGAUGAUCUUGAAACAUUACCCACAGUGCCGAUUUAUAUCCCAGAAUUCCUCCAGAAUCUGAAUGUUCAGAAGCAGAUCGCGAGCAUGGCUGCUCCUGGGUCGCAAGAUGGUUCCGAACAUGGCUCUCUCAAUAAACCCAACUGGGAAUAUGAUUAUUCUGCCAACUUACAGACCUUCCAGCCUGAAGAUGGUAUGAAGAAGGUGAACAACCUAGAGAAGGACAUCCCAGUUGACACAGACACUGAACAGAUGCAGAUGCUCGCUGCCUCAAAUGAUGACAUCCACACUGCCUGCUCCCUCAGUAGCCUCCCUGUCUCAGAGUCUGAAGAUGACCAAAUGGGUUACCACUGGGACACUUCAGAUUGGGCUCCUAAUGCUGCUCUCCCCAACAUCACAGAGGUCCCCACUCACGAGAUCCUCGACUCCCCCAGUGCCAGCGUCCACAGCCAGCAUAGCAAUGAGUCCAACACACACAUAGGCAAUGAAGACGUAGAACCUACUGAGCGUGAUCGCCUCAUGUCUAACCUCACCGAUGAAUACCCCGAUUCUGAAUUUAUCGAUUCCGAGUAUGUGGGUGAUUCUGAGUAUGCUGAUAAUGAGGAUAUGGAGGGUGAGGGAGAGAUGGAGUACCCAGAUGUGCCAAACUUCCAAGAGAUCUUAGCCAUGCAGGCUGAGUUGAAUUACUACGACGAUGAGGACCUCCCACAGGAUUAUAAUCGCCAUAGGAACCAUUAUUUGCCAAAUCACGAUCUAGACAAUUCACAAAAUGGGAAUGGAAGUGUAAACGGGGAAGCAGGCGCUGCAGCGAACAAUGUGCCAAAGAACGGUGAGAUCGCACAAAUUGAGGACGAUGAUGACUCCAACGUCAUCCAAUAUGGCUUCCCCCAGGCAGGGAAACCACAUAGGUUCCCUCAAGAUGACACAGAUUAUGAUCAUUCCGCAAUAUCAGGACUCGAAGACAAUAUGAGCGUCUCUAUAGGAGGCUAUGAUAGUGAAUCGCAGAUAUCAGCCUCUGAGAUAUCGAACCUCUGCGAGAUUGAAGACAGUGAAAUGAAUCUGUCAGACUAUGAAAGCGGUGAUGACACUCUAAGGUCAAGGAUAAAUGGUCACUUGCAUACUCAAGUGUGAUGUCAUAUGUAACAAUGGUGUUGUAUGUGUUGCAGUGAUGUCAGAUGUAACAUUGAUGUCAGAUGUAACUAUGAUAUGGUGUCAUACAUUUAGUGAUUUUUUAUGAAUACUAAUAUGUGAUCAGCUUAUAUCGCCAUCAGAAUUUCUUCCAUUGAAAUGUGCCUUUAAAAGUUGAAAAUGACAACUCUAUGUCACAUAGGACCAAAAAUCAGUAAAGAACAAAUUGCGAAUACCUCAACUCUAUAUUUUAAAUAAUAUGUUACCGCUGCAUAUAUUCAAAACUUUGCACAUAAUGUGAGUAACUUGCAUAUUUAGGAUCAAAACAUGCUAAAUGUGCACUGAAAUAUGUUUACUUGAAUGAGAUAUCACAAUGUUUACAUGAAUCAAAUAUCACAAUGUUUACUUCAAUGAGAUAUCACAAUGUUUACUUGAAUGAGGUAUCACAAUGUGUACUUCAAUGAGGUAUCACAAUGUGUACUUCAAUGAGGUAUCACAGUGUUUAUUUCAAUGAGGUAUCACAAUGUUUACUUGAAAC